AUGUUGCUCGGUAUGGGACUCGUGAUGGGAUACGGAUGGUACCACCUGAUCAAGGGUAUCCGGGAAGCCAACGAGCUCGCGAGAGAGAAGAUGUGGGCGCGCAUCCACCUCAUCCCGCUCCUCCAGGCCGAGGAGGACCGUGAUCAGAUCCGCAGGUAUUACGCCGACCAGGCGAGAGAGAAGGAGCUGCUCGGCGAGAACACCAAGGUCUACCACAACGACAGAUUUGUCCGUCCUACCUUUGCUGUUGUGCCGCAAAACAAGUCUUAA